AUGGGGCCCCUGGGCAAUAGGGGAUCAUGGGGCCCCUGUGUCUUUACCCAAACUCAAAAAAGCCUAAGAAAAAGGUACCAGGGGCAUCUCAUGGGACCCCCUACUGCCCUUGGGCACACAAAAUUCCUGACAUGAUCAUACCGCCAGGGAGGUUAAAAAAUAGUAUAGACCAGGGGCGGACUGACAACUCAUGGGGUCCCCGGGCAAUAGAGGAUCAUGGGGCCCCUGUGUCCUUGCCCACACUCAAAAAAGCCUAUGAAAAGGUACCAGGGGCAUCUCAUGGGGCCCCCUACUGACCCCGGGCCCUCGGGCAGUGCCCGAAUUUCCAAAUGGUCAGUCUGGCCCUG